GAAGGCGCGAUGCUGCAUGUGUUUCACCGACACACCAUCGGGCGAAGACACUUGAAUAGCCAUUUUUACGAGGCGAGUUGGACUCUCGAUGCAGUCGUGAACCAAAGUCUUUUGUCUUCAAUUUUGCGCAAUGCCAUCGUGAACCGCCCCAAUGUCAUAACCCCCAAACAUGGCCAUGCUCCCAUGGUCUCGCCAACAACAUCAACAAAAAAUUGGAGUCGUCAACGAAAGUCCAUUUGGCAAUGGAGAUGAGGACGGAAUUGGUUUUCCCAACCGAGACAUUGACGUCGGAUGCUCCGUUGGCCUCGGCUCGGCCCCACCUAACCGCAUCCCCGCCUUUCACACCGAGCAUUACCGUCUUACAUGCUCAACCGUCCAUCUCAUUAAAAGGUCCUCUCAAUCUUCUUGAAUUGACGAGAAGUUCACCCUGUAAUUCCUCACGUCCCAGGUAGUAGUUAAUCUUCCAUCACAAUGUCAGACCAAGCCAAACGCCGCCUCGAGGCCACGGCCAACCACCUCUCCGGCAGCUCCAGCCUCGCCCCCAUCAUCAAAGUAGCCCCUGAAUCCACCACCCCCCGAGCCGCCGGCAAGGUGGUCAUCAUCACUGGCGCCAACUCCCUCCUCGGCAUCGGCCGCGCCUCAGCCCACCAAUUCGCCCAAAACGGCGCCCGCGCAGUCUACAUCUGCGACUUUGACCCCUCCAACCUCGCCGCCCACAAAGCAGAGCUCACAACCCUCUACCCCUCAGUCGACGUCCACACCCGCCAAUUCGACGCCGCCCACGAGCCCUCUGUGGUCGAAGUCAUCAACCACGCCAUGAACACCUACGGCAGGCUAGACGUCUUCUUCGCCAACGCCGGCACCAUCGGCCCCAACGCCCUCUUCACCGACGUCGACCCAUCCGGCUUCAUGGAAACGAUGCGCGUCAACUCUUUGUCUGUCUUUUUGGCAGCCAAGCACGCCGCCCCGGCGAUGCAAAAGACCAGUCCAGGUAAAAAGGUUCCGGGGGGGAGUAUUAUUGCUACUGCGUCGGUGGCGGGGUUGAGGAGUAAUGCUGGUGAUACGAGCUACUCGGCUUCAAAGGCGGCGGUGGUGUCAAUGGCGCAGACGAUUUCUUAUCAGCUGGCGGGGACGGGGGUGAGGAUUAAUGCGCUGUGUCCAGGGCUGAUCGAGACGGGGAUGACGGCGCCUGUGUUUGAGAUGGCAAGGCAGAGGGGGACGCAGAAGAAGAUUGGGCAGCUGAAUCCCCUCAAGAGGGGGGGACACGCGGAUGAGAUUGCGAGGGUGGCGUUGUUUUUGGGGAGUGAUGAGAGUAGUUAUGUGAAUGGGCAGGCGUGGGCGGUGGAUGGGGGGUUGAGUGCUGGGCAUCCUUUUGUGCCGGGGAGGUUGGGUUGAUGUGUGAGAUUGGUAGUGGUGACGAGUCGUGAUUAUGUGGUUAAUGAACAUGGAGGGAUGAUGAGAGAUCUGGUAAUCAUCGUGAGUGAGAUGAGGUCGACGAUAAUGGACUUUUUACCGGGAUUACGGACGAACAGGAUAUCGAGGUCGACUGUAAACACGUAGAAGUCUUGCAUAGAUGCAUCUAUUUGUUUCACCACAGAGGAAUAUCUCUCCAACUGUCCCAUAUCGGUUCUCGGAUGUGGUAAGAAGUGUGCGAUCGGUGACAGCCAGGUGUCACGUGCGCAACACGUGACCGAACACAACAGUGCAGGCCUUGAGGAAUGGUUUGCGGGUACCAGAAGCGGUUAGUGAGAAGCAAGAACUGGCUUCGUUCGAAACCAUCCCCUAUUUUGCUCGGUGUUAUUAAUUCCAGGCUUCAUUUGGGUGUGA